UAAAGAGCUGGUUGGGGCAAUGCAAUCAGUUGCACCAAAGUUUGACAGUUCAUGUUGGAGCACAAUGCAACUCGCUGGUGGUCGUUUACAAGCCCAGAGGUCGAAUCGAUGCAAAUGUUGAAAAAAACAUCUGAGACGAAGCAGAGAUUUUGAUAAACUGUCUCUGGACGUAGCAUGAUGACUCUUCUUCUGCUGACCCUUGGCUGCCUGGCCGCAACUGCAGGGGCACUAUUCGCUCACGCCGCAUCGCCAAAGGCCAGCACUCAAGAUGACCCUGUGCCUGUUCACAGCUGGGCAGCUGGUGACACGUCGUACCUAAAGUGGGUCCCCUUAAAAGACAGACGGGUUCCCGACAACGCAGUCGGCAUAUUUAACACCUACACAUCUCGGCAAGACUUUGUCUGCAGAGCCCGCGACUACUGCACAUUUGGCUUCCUUAACGAAGGCAGAGGGCUGCUCUGCUUCUUCCCGUUCCGUGGCUACGAGCUGCAGACGGAAAACUUUGACGUGCUGGUGAAUAUAGACAACUUCGAACGGUUAGAGUGGAAGCCUGGCGCCACGGUAGCCAACCCAGGAAUCAGCUUCUGCCAGGAGAACUACGUUGGCAAGAAUGAGUAUGGCCUGGGAGACAUCUUCAAGGGCUAUUUCUACCUCCCCUGGCAGGGCAAGGAGAUCUGGUACAGCUCUUACGACGUGCUCAGUGUCAACCGCGACGUGUUCAACGUGCAGUUCUCAAACGUGACGUAUGACUUGGACCGCGUGAACAGGACCCGGCACGCUCCCUACGCCAUCAAGACGUCACGCGUGGAGAACAAAGAUUCACAGGAGGUGGUUGUCACGGUGCACCUGGAGGACUCCACGGUGAUAGCCAACUCAUGGCAGAGCAGCUUCUCCUCCUCGCUGACCCAGAGCACCACUAUUGCGGCCGGCGUGCCAGACAUCGUGAGUGUGGCGAUCAGCAUCGGGGCGGUGCAGACCAUGACGCUGACGGACGGACACCUGGAGAGCGAGACCGUCACACAGGCCGAGGACGUGCAGGUGAAGGUGCCGCCGGGGUACUACUGCGUUGUGGUCAUGGAGGGACGGAAGGUGGAGGCAGACAUCCCGUACCGUGGCAUCGUCACCAAGGUGUACAAGGAUAAGACCAGGUGCAGCACUGCGAUCACUGGGACAUACAGUGGUGCACUGACAGGCGAGAUCAAUUCUAGGGUGGAGCGCUGUGCACCCAUACCUACCGCAAAGCCGGCUCCUACCACAAAGCCGGUGUCUGGACAGAGGGGGCAGCAGAGAGCAAAGCUAGUGUUUGUGCAGAGGGGGCGGCAGAGAGUAAGUAACUACACCAAAAGCAUCACUGCCUCCUCUGCUGAGGGGCAACUGGCUGCUGUGCUAACCGUCCUAAUCUGCCUUGUUUUGUUCUUGUCACUCAUGGUGUUUGGUGUGCCUUGUAGUUGCAGACCGACUGGCUUUAAACUCCAGAGAUUUCAGGGAUAUUCGCCUCUGGGGGAAGAUCUGAUUCCCUCGGCUUCAGCAGCUGUGGGACACCUACCACUAUAAAUUGCACUAGCUUUAAAACACUUUUUGGAGGUUUGGGUUUGUGUUUUUAUGUCAUUUUGUCCCGUUUGGGAAAUGUGCCAUGUUGUGUAAGUUCUGGAUCCUGUAAAGCGUUGCAUACACUGUAUAAUCAUUACUGUAUUGUGAAGCAUGACAUUGACAGCAGCAGGAUCAUUCUAAUACAUUCCAAGUGUUUACCUUGCCAGCUGUACAUUAUGAACUGUACGGUAUGUCAAAUCACAUUAUUCAAAAAAUAAAUGUCCUUCAUGCUCAUCCUUC